AUGUCUCAAGCACUCAAGUGGGGUAUUAUCGGUACCGGCAACAUUGCCCAUACAUUUGCCAAGGGUCUUCAAGUCGCGCAAAAGGGUGAUUUAGUGGCCGUGGGCAGCCGAGCCGAGGCAACCGCUGUCAAGUUUGGUAGCCAAUAUGGUGUCCCCAAAGAGCACUGUUACAGCUCCUACGCCGAUCUUCUCAAGGAUCCCAAUGUCGACGUUGUAUACAUUUCAACUCCCCAUCCCCAACAUUGUGAAGUCGCCAUUCAAUGUGCCAAGGCUGGAAAGCACAUGCUGGUUGAGAAGCCCUUUGCCAUGAACGAGACCGAGGCCAAACGUAUUAUUGCUGCCGUCAAGGAACACAACGUCUUUAUGAUGGAGGCUUACAUGUAUCGUAUUCAUCCACAAACGCUCAAGGUGGUGGAUCUUGUCAAGGAGGGCAAGGUUGGUACUGUCAAGGUCGUUCGUGCCAACUUUUCUUUCAAUGGUUUCCCUCUUGGUCCAUCGUCGCGUCUGUGGCAAAACGAGCUUGGUGGUGGUGCUAUCCUUGAUAUUGGUGGUUAUCCCAUGUCCUUCUGCCGUUUGAUUGCUGGUGCAGCUCAAAACACUGAUCCCAUCAACCCUGUUCAAGUCAAGGCUGUUGGCUAUGUUCAACCUGAUACAAAGGUGGAUGAAUGGUCCGUCGCAUCCGUUGCAUUUGAAAACAACAUCAGUGGACAACUCUUUACUGGUGUCUUUGCCGAUACUGAAACAUACGUUCAAGUCAUUGGUGAUAAGGGAUCCAUCCGUGUCCAGAAUUUGUGGCGACCUGAUAUCCCUGCCAUGGGCCCAGUUCGCGUUGAAUACACCGAAUUUGGCAAGGAAGCUGUGGAUGUGCCUCUCGAUAUUCCUCAACCCAACAUUUACGCCAUUGAAGCUGAUGCUGUGGCAGAUGCCAUCUUUGCAGGAGAGAAGGAGUGCAAGUAUAUGACAUGGGAAGAUAGUAUGGGUCAAGUUAGAGCUCUGGAUCAGUGGCGAAAGGAGAUCGGAUUGACUUAUCCUGCUGAUAAUGUUUAA